GUCUCAAAGAAGUUUAUAAGCUUAUGAUUAAAAAAACAAUUUUGUGAAUUUUGGUUCUCAUUGUUUAUAUUUUAGUUACUCUUUUUAGUUUGGUGUUGCAGGAAACGGUCUGAGUCCUUUAAGAUCUCAAUUUCAAGAUUUUGAUCAUGAUAUUAUUCAAGACUGUUGUAGUGACAAUUAUGGUGGCAUUGGUCACAGUGGUGUAUACUUGUAGUUUCGCAGAAGGUUAUCCAGAAGACGAUUUGGUGGCGAGGUUGCCUGGUCAACCGAAGGUCGGGUUCAGACAAUUUGCAGGAUAUGUCAAUGUGGACUCGGAGAAUGGUCGUAGUCUUUUUUACUACUACGUUGAAGCUGUAAAGGAACCUGAAACUAAGCCCUUAACACUUUGGCUCAAUGGAGGUCCAGGUUGUUCAUCAGUUGGUGGAGGAGCUUUUACCGAGUUAGGCCCAUUUUAUCCCACAGGCGAUGGUCGUGGCCUGCGCGUUAAUUCCAUGUCAUGGAACAAAGCCUCGAAUCUGCUAUUUGUUGAGUCACCAGCGGGAGUAGGAUGGUCAUAUUCGAACAGAAGUUCGGAUUACAACACCGGGGACAAGUCUACUGCUAAUGAUAUGCUUGUGUUCUUGUUGAGAUGGUUUAAGAGGUUUCCAGAGUUGAAGUCUCGCGAACUCUUUCUCAUGGGAGAAAGCUACGCAGGACAUUACAUACCUCAGUUGGCUGAAGUGAUACUUGCCUACAAUUCACGUUCAAGUGGGUUUAAAUUCAACAUCAAAGGCAUUGCAAUUGGGAAUCCACUUCUGAAGCUUGACAGGGACGUUGCAGCUGCAUACGAGUUCUUCUGGUCGCGUGGCAUGAUUUCUGAUGAAGUGAGACUCACAAUCAUGAGCCAGUGUGACUUUUCCAAUCCCAAGAACAUGAGCAAUGCAUGUAUAGAUGCUAUCGUUGAAUCCAGCGUCCUCACUGAGUAUAUCAACAGUUAUCAUGUUCUUCUCGAUAUAUGCUACCCGUCUAUUGUCCAGCAAGAGCUGAGGCUCAAGAAAAUGGCUACUAAGAUGAGCAUGGGAGUGGACGUUUGUAUAACAUACGAAAGAAGUCUGUACUUUAACCUCCCAGAGGUACAAAGAGCACUUAACGCUAACCGCACUCGCCUACCUUAUGAGUGGACUAUGUGCAGCAACCGGUUGAACUACAGUGGCAUCGACGGGUAUAUCGACAUGCUUCCGAUUCUCAAGAGAAUUAUACAGAACCAAACUCCUGUUUGGAUCUUCAGUGGAGAUCAAGAUUCUGUUAUUCCACUUCAAAGUUCAAGAACUCUGGUAAGAGAACUUGCUCAUGAUCUCAACUUCAAGACCACAGUUCCCUAUGCAGCUUGGUUCUACAAAGAACAGGUUGGUGGCUGGGUCACAGAGUAUGGUAAUAUACUGACAUUUGCAACUGUAAGAGGAGCGGCUCAUAUGGUGUCGUAUGCUCAGCCCUCACGAGGUUUACAUAUGUUCAGUAGCUUUGUGCGUGGCCAAAGACUCCCAAACAAACCACAUUUGAAUUCGUCUAUCGAUGAUUGAUAGAGAAGAUCACACUUGCUUGGUAGACAAGUUUCGUUGUGGUUGAUCUUCUCUUUCAUUACUUGUAUGUUUCUGAUUUAAUGAUGAGACUUAUUAUAUUGGACGUAAUGUAUUUCUAAGACUCAACAACUUUGACACCAAAACUAAGAAUGAAAAAAGGCACAAGAUAUUUU